AAGAUCAAAGCAACCCACACAGACUAUUUUCGCUCUCUUCCUUCCCUGUCGUUGCGGGUGCAGGAAACCUCCCGACAAUGGCCGAAGAUGCGCUCGGCAACGGUGCCACAGAAGUAGACACAAAGGAACCAGCUCAGGAUAGAGUCGACCACGGGCAAGGCACGGAGGAAACAUGGACGAAGGAUUUACAGUCCCGAAUUGUGGCCGCUACGCGCGCUCGUGUUUCUUACUUAUUGCAGCAAUCAGAUUUUAUUACCUUUGAGGGUGUUAGGAGAUUGUUAGAGGAGGACUUGGGGUUGGCUAAAUAUGCGUUGGAUGCGUAUAAGAGUUUUGUCAGGGAAUGUCUUGCAGUGUCUUUAGAAGGUGUUGGUGAUAAUAUGUCCGAGGAUUCUGGAAAGGCUGGAAAAAAAGACACUGGUUCAACUGCAAAGGUAUCAGACUCACCUCAAGGAAUCAAGUCCCAGAAAGACGUGAAGGAAGCUUCCCCUGAAGAUGAAGGGAAAAUGGAGGGCUCUCCUGUGAUGGGUCUUCUUACAGCACAUAAAGCACCUAAGUCUGAAACAAAAGAAACACAACAUAAGGAAGAUAAAGAUGUCUCUGAGAGCAUGAUAAAGGAAGCCAUCAAGAAAAGAGUUUCCUAUAUAUUAACAAAUUCCAAGGAACUUACAAUGACUGGACUUCGUCGAAUUUUGGAGGAAGAUCUUACACUUGAUAGGCAUACUCUUGAUCCAUAUGGUGAUUUCAUACGCAGCCAGGUAGAUGAGGCGAUACAAGCAAAUGUAACUUUGGAACCUCUAACUGGGGUUGGAGAGAAAAAUCUUAAGAAGAAUUCCAAAAGUAAAGAAACUCAUAGUAAGGAAAGUAAAGGAGUCUCUGAGAGCGCAAUAAAAGAAGCCAUCACGAAGAGAGCUCCCUAUUUUCUGAAAAAGGCCGAGGAACUUACAAUGACUGAAGUCCAUCAAGUUUUGGAGGAAGAUCUUAAACUUGAUAAGCAUGCUCUUGACUCAUAUGACAAAUUCAUACAUGAGCAAUUAGAUGAAGCAAUACAAACUCAUUUGGCUUCAGAACCUCUGGCUGAGGUUGGGGAGAAAAAUCUUAAGGAUUCCAAACAUAAAGAAAGUCAACACGAAGAAAACAAAGAAGUUCCUGAGACCACAAUAAAGGAAGCCAUCAGGAAAAGAGUUUCUUAUAUAAAAAAAAAUUCAGAAAACCUUACAAUGACUGGAGUUCGACGAGUUUUGGAGGAAGAUCUUAAACUUGAUAAAUAUACUCUUGAUCCAUACAAGAGUUUCAUAACUGAGCAGAUAGAUGAGGUAUUACAAUCUCAUGAAGCUCCAAAACCUCUAUCUAGGGUUGGGGAGAAAAAUCUUAAGAAGAAUUCCAAAAGUAAAGCAUCUGAGGGAAGUUCUGAUUCAUUAGAAGGUGAGACUGAUGAGGAAGAACAUAAGGUGAAAUCCAAAAAGAAAAUUGUUCCAAAAACAAAAAUGCAGAAACCAGAGCGGCUUAAAAAACGGAGUAUACCUGAAAGUAAUACAAAAGCGUCUGCCAAGAAGAGGAUGAAGCCUUCACAAAAGAAUUCAGUGGAUGAUAUUAAUGCAGAAGACAGUGAAAUUAUCUCCGAUGAUAGCCAGCCUCAAUCAUCUGCUGAGAAGCCUAUGAAGAAAAAAGAAGUAUUGACUCCGGCAUAUGGAAAACAAGUAGAGCAUCUAAAAUCAGUUAUCAAAGCAUGUGGGAUGAGUGUUCCCCCUUCUAUUUACCGGAAAGUAAAGCAGGUUCCUGAUAACAAACGGGAGACCCACUUGAUAAAGGAACUUGAAGAGAUUCUUGCUAGAGAAGGACUGUCUGCAAAUCCUUCCGAAAAAGAAAUCAAGGGAGUAAGAAAGCAAAAGGAAAGAGCAAAGGAACUCGAGGGGAUUGACGUGAGUAAUAUUGUUUCAAGUUCACGCAGAAGGUCUGCCACCAGUUUUAUUGCUCCACCAAAGCCCAAAAUUCCAGAUGAAAAUAUUGUUGAUGAUUCUAAAGAUACUGAUAAUGAAAAUGAAGAUGAUGAGGGCGAUGAUGAAGACGAUGAUAAUAAUGACAGUGAUGAGAGCCACAGUGAGGAGUUUGAUGAGGAAGAGGAUGACGAGGAAAGUGAUUAAUCCAGUAUUAGAGUUCAAGAUGUCCAAGAACAAGAUGUUUGGGGCAGUUAGAAAAAAUAGAUGUAUUAUUAUUUUUAUUUUAGAUAAAUUUCUUUUUGUUAUUCUAAUAUGUGGAGUUGGUGAGGGAUCCAGGAUCUAUCUCUGCUUGGGCUUGUCAUUGGUAUGAUGAUCCAUGAACAGAGAUUCGUAGAAUUGUGCAGUAUUAGUUUGAUCCAAAAGGUGUGUUCUAAGUUUAAGACAUUUUUCAGUUGUAAAUAUGCUGAUGGCUUGUGAAAACAGUCAGAACUGUUCAUGUUGACCAUCGUUAAUUUCUUUUUCGACUCACAUUAUUUACCCUGAUUGAUGGAUCUGAGGUCUAUUUUUAAGAGGAAGCUAAAUCUAUUCGAACC